AAGACACGCCGUGGUCCUCAGAGCAGAAGCUAAAUGAAGGAAAAGCCUAAUGAGAAGCAGGUGUAUGAGAGAUGACACACACACACACACACACACACACACACACACACACACACACACACACACACACACACACACACACACACACACACACACACACACACACACACACACACACACACACACACACACACACACACACUUCAAUGAAGGGCCUUGAGGAAAGAAGUGCAUGUAAACACACUCAUCUCACACAGUGAGUCCCCUGAAGGACACUAGCUAUAUUCAUAUUAAUACAAAUCACAUAAGCCUAUCUUAAACAUGUUGUAAACUCUGGAAGUAUGGUCUUAAAUGUCAAAUUCGGUAUUGUUUUAUUGAUAUGCUGCAUGUUAAUGGGAGGUGCUAGUUCAGGCUGACCUGCUAAUGUUGGCCAGCGCCCACAGCCACACAGGCUUUUACUGGGAGCACAUUCAAUGAUUGCAAACGUGUCGUUUGAGUGUUUCUGUGGUGUUUGCGGUUAAAGUUGAAGAAAAAUGCAAAAUUCCUUCACAAGAUGGACAAUAAAGUUUGAAAACACAGAUAUGCUAAAAUAGUGUACUCCCAAUGCCCUGCUCAUAUAAAGUCAAGAUCUCCCACAAUACAGUUUGAUGGGAAAGUCCUGGCUGCUAACACAAUUACUAUAACAAUACACAGUACAUAUAGUUCCAAAAAACACACUAGUAUUUAUUUGAUUUAGCAUCAACUGGGUGAGACCAAGGACCCAAGGCAUAGAUAACAUCCACUGAUGUCAUUUCAACUAUGUGAAAAUGUGUGAAUCUGAGAGAGUUGGCCUAGUACUAGCGAGGUACUACGUGUGUAUCAGUCAAGCAAUGAGGAACAAUUGGGAUUGGCAUUUCGGUUAACUUCCUGAUUAACUUCAUAAAAAUGGAAGUGAAACUCCAACCAUGGUAUUGGGAGAGCGAGGACAUUGUUUGUAUUAUAGCAGUGUACAAAUAACCCAAUAUUAAAACCUAUAUGGCUGCAGACAGAAACAUAUGCUAGCUAAACCGCUGGAAUCCAAAUGUGGUUAUAUACAUCCUAAAGGUAUCUAACAAGAGGAGAGAUGGGGAGAAAGGGCCUUUUUAACAUGAGACUGGUAUGACCAUAAUGCACCAGUUGUUUCUAGAUAAGACGGUGUGUGUAUAUGAGAGAGAGGUGGUGUGUGUGGGAAUUAGAUAAUGGCGGCAGGGGUAUGCUGUGUGCAGCCAGCCAGCCAGUCAGUCAGUCAUGGGAUGAACGAGUGAGACUUGUGUACCCACAGCUGCUUACUGGCUGGAGCCAGAACAGGGGGAGGAGUGUCUCUGCCCUGCCUGCUGCAGGGAGAGAGAGGUAGUUAGAGAGAGCAGAGCGUGAGAGAAAGAAGAGUGAAUCCACUCCACAGAAGAGGGAGAGAAGGAGCAGAGAGAGAGGUAGUUAGAGAGAGCAGAGCAUGAGAGAAACAAGACUGAAUCCGCUCCACAGAAGAGGGAGAGAAGGAGCAGAGAGAGAGGUAGUUAGAGAGAGCAGACCGUGAGAGAAACGAGACUGAAUCCGCUCCACAGAAGAGGGAGAGAGCAAGGGAAAGGGACAGAGAGAGAGGUUGGGGUCGCUGCAUUGGUAUGCCUGCUCCUCCUGCUCUCUCAUUUCCACUCCACACGCUGCUGCCUUUCUGAGUAGACCCAGACUCUGUUUGAAAUGCCAAUCACCUCCUUGAGGCUGCGCCUUCAUCUUCAUUCAUUUACAUUUAUACUCACCUUUCCCUGCGUGAGGGAGACCGGGACUGCCUCAGACAUUCGUGGAGGAUCAUUUCUGCUGAAGUUGCUGUGAAGAAAUUCUGCUCUUUGGAUGUGAUCCGCCUGAUCUUUCCGUGUUUGGAGAGGACACAAAGUCUCUGGAAACAUCAAACUCUAUAUCACCUGGAAUAUUUGAGAAUUUGUGACUGCAUCUUUUAGAGACAUACAGGAAUUCCUGUAAGCCAAGACGAUCAAACUUGUUGACAGUUUUCUAUAUUUUGUUGUCUUUUCUAAGGAGAGAACCAGAGGAGUAGAAGGAUAGGCUGCCAUAGUAUUUUUCCUCCAUCUGUGUGUGUCUGCAUGAUUGAACUGUCUGUGUCUGCACAGUGAGGGAUGCCCUGGGGGACUCCCAGAUCCUGGUCGUGGACGAGGGCUAGUCUUCACGUUGCUGCUGAUAUGGCAGAGGGUACACGGCUCCUCUCUCUCGGCCACCAGCCUGAUCUGCUGCUGAGCUAGGACCAGGACUAGGACCAGGACGACCAGCCCCAGCCAAGCCCCCUGUCUCUGAGUCUAGGAUCAGACCAGACAAGGAUCUUUCUGGAGCUUCCUGCCCUCUGCCGGUUGAUCUGGUUUCAGACCAGGAGCUUUCAGAAAGCUCUCUGGCUGCAAGAUGAUGAACUCUUCCCUGGACCUGCUGGAGCUUGAGCUCCUCAACCUGAGCGGCCCUCCUUUCUGCCUCCUGGACGUGGGCUACAGCCAGAUCUUAAACACCUGUCUACUGGAGGUAGCCAUCAUCCUGCUGCUUACUGUCCUCAUCAUCUCUGGCAACCUGGUGGUGAUCUUUGUGUUCCACUGUGCUCCUCUUCUCCAGCACCACACAACCAGUGCCUUCAUCCAGACCAUGGCCUACGCAGACCUGUUGGUGGGUGUCAGCUGCCUCAUCCCCUCCCUGUCCCUCCUCCACCACCUGAAAGGCCUGGAUGAGGAGCUGACCUGUAAGGUGUUUGGUUACAUGGUUUCCGUGUUGAAGAGCGUUUCCAUGGCGUCGCUGGCGUGUGUUAGCGUGGACCGCUACAUGGCGAUAACACGGCCUCUGUCGUACGCUACCUUGGCGACGCCGUGCCGGAUCCGCGCGUGCAUCCUCCUCAUCUGGGUCUACUCUGCCCUUGUCUUCUUGCCCUCCUUCUUCGGCUGGGGGAAGCCCGGCUACCACGGCGACGUGGUGGAGUGGUGCGCGGUGGAGUGGGAGACGAGGCCGCUCUUCACAUCGUUCAUUGUGGCGCUGCUCUACGCGCCAGCCGCCAUGACGGUCUGCUUCACCUAUGUCAACAUCUUCCGGAUCUGCCGGCAGCAUACGAGGGAGAUCAGCGAGCGCCGCGCCCGCUUCGGCCCACAGGAAGGCUCUCUGGGACAGGAUGGCCAGCCGCAGCAUGCGCCGGCGUGCACGGACAAACGCUACGCCAUGGUGCUGUUCCGCAUCACCAGCGUCUUCUACCUCCUCUGGCUUCCCUAUAUCCUGUAUUUCCUGCUGGAGAGCGCUGACAUCUACAGUCACCCUGCCGCCUCGUUCAUCACCACCUGGCUGGCUAUCAGCAACAGCUUCUUUAACUGUCUGAUCUAUAGUCUGUCCAACAGUGCCUUCAGGAAGGGUUUAAAACGCCUCUGUUUGUUCUGUGUGCAGCGCGUGGACAGUAAGAAGUCCUUCAGCCCUUCACCAGGGUACGGACAGGGGCCCGUCUGCACACGCUCCACAUGCCAUGUCUAGGAUCUCCCAGAGAGCCUUGUGGCGGUUGAGUCAGAGUAUCGUGUUGUUAUAGCACUAAGCAUGUCCCAUACUGAUGCUGAGCUAAAGGGAACAGGCUUCGCAGGGAGUUGUGUUGCUGCAGAUGCUGCAGAUGCUGCAGAUGCUGCAGAUGCUGCUGUUUAUCGACAGUUGAAGGUUUGUUGGAGGGUUGCGUCCCUGGCCACUGCUGCCACUGACGGGAUCGUCUCCAGGGCCUGAGAGCUGGGAGACCCACUUGGGAAGUACAGGCAAGGCUCAGCCCCAGCCAUGAGAGCGGUGGGAGAGGCGGGAUGUGGAGUUACCCUAACCUUUGACUCCUGAUAUAGAUGACGACGUUAUGGCUACGUUGUUUCAGCGGGUGAGAGUUGAGGUGACUGAAGACCUCCCUUCUGACAGUACUUGCCAAAAACACAAACUGUAAGAAGAACACACAUUGUUUUAGGGGAGGGUUUUUUGCUGGGACUCUGUAUCUUCCUAGCAGUUUGUGAAACUAUUUGUAUUUGUGCUACAAUGUAUAGAAUGCAAAAAAGGACUUGCGUUACUUAAAGGUCCAAUGCAGUCAAAAUGAAGUUUUUCCUGUUCCAUUUCCAUUUGAGUAAUUUAGCAGGCGCACUUAUCUAGAGCAAUUUACAAUUAGCGGAUUCAUCUUAAGACAGCUAGGUGUGACAACAACACAUCACAGUCGUAUCAAGUACAUUUUUCCCUCAACAAAGUAUCUAUCAGCAAAGUCAGUGCCAGUGAAACACUGUGAGAGUUAUUUAAGAUGCUCUUCAAAGAGGUAGGGUUUCAGACGUUUCAGAAAGAUGGGGCUGUCCUGGCUUCAGGGGGAAGCUUGUUCCACCAUUGGGGUGCCAGGACAGAGAAGAGCUUUGACUGAGUUGAGCGGGAACAUCCCUCCCGUAGGGGUGGUAGAGCCAAGAGACCAGAGGUGGCAGAAUGGAGCGCUCGGGUAGGAUGUAGGGUUUGAACAUAGACGUUAGGGAGGGGCAGUUCCUAUUGCUCCUCCAUAGGCAAGCACCAGGAUGCCAGUAGUGAGCAGAGGAGCGGGGUUACAAGGAGAACCUAGCAGGGUUGAGCCCCAGGCAGCCUGCGGCAUUUAUAAUCUACUACUAAUACAGUAAGGUACUUAAUUGUUACCCAGAAAUUAUUUGAUGUUAAUAUAAAAAUAGCUGCAUUGGGCCUUUAAAAAAACCAGAGAAAAACUUGAUUGCUGCUUUCUUAUGCCUGAGGGGAGCUGUCAAUAACUUAUUUAAAUGUUUGCCUUUGUGGUUUUUACAGAAACAGAUUAUUUACAACAUUGUGCGCUGAGGGGUGCAACAACCUCCAACUCUGAAGAGAAUCUUGUAGGUCUACAUCAUUUAUUUACAUCUGGGUUAUUCUGAGGCAGAGAAAGAGAGGACUUUGUUUAGCUGCUCAAACACCAGGAUUAUUAGUAAAGCCUGACCGAUAAUAUUGGCUAUUCCACUGAUAAACGAUGAAAAAAAAGAAUCUCAUGCUUUCCUGAAAGAUUGCGUAACUGUUACUCAUUUCACAGUGUAAGAAAUCAACAUUUGAAGUGUAUUUCUUGGACGGCAAUUUAUGUGGAAAAGAGUAUAUCGGCAGAUAUAUCAGUACGUUUUGUCACCCCAAAAAUCUGAAUCGUAUCGGAUCCCCAAAAAAACAUUGGUCGGGCUUUAAUUAGUAGUCUCAUUUGAACUAGUUACUACUGAGGGAUCAGCGUAAUCAUUGACUGGAUGACUCUUGUUUCGACAAACUUCCUCAUCAUCAGAGCCUGUCUGGCUCUGUAACCAAACUACAUUGCACUUCACUUAUGAGGAGAAUGUGGUCGUUGUGUCAAAGCAGAAGGUUAUAGAGAAGUGAUUAAGCUCCAGAAUAGUUGAUCAUCUCCAAAGAUUUACCCCACAUAUGUGAUCUGUUCUAGUCUAGGAGUGUCUGCUGCUAUACCGAUGGGGCUCUUACGUUGUGGAGCACAGGGAGGGUUGGGAAUCAUUAAAUCAACCUCACAUCUGUCUUAACGUUAAUGAAAGUGAAUGUUGAUGGUGAGUACUGAGAAUGCUGUGAGCUGCUGUUAGCUGAGGAACAUUCUGCCUCUGGCUGGGUGUGGUAAACGUCUCGUCCGUCUGUCUGUCUGCCCCCCUACCUUUCUCCUCCUGCUCAUUACAUCACAGAAAGCCAGGGGGAUAAAGAGAGGGAGAAAGAGCAGAAUAGCAGCUGUGGAGUGAGAGAGAGCCCUAAGAUAAACAUUAUGGCCACAGUAAUACUGUGCCACACACACCCACACACACACACACACACACACACACACACACACACACACACACACACACACACAAGGUAAUGUGGGACGUUAAACAGUACCACUGUAUGUCCAGACCCAGAUGCUUCAAGACAUUUCACUUUUCCCGCCGGGGCCACAACACUACAGUAUAAAACAGGCUGGUUCAGACCAGGCUGUUCCAAAUGGAACCUUAUGUAGUGCUCAAGUGUUUUUAAACUAAUGUUACUGGAUAUUUAUUAGACUUUUUCACAAGUUUUGGCUUCUUGUCACUUUUCUCUCUUUAGUACUCUGACAUUUGGGAGCAAAUAUACAACGGACACAGGGGCUUUAUUUUCCUAGUCGACCAAAGUUGAAUAUUUAUUGGAUUUUGUAUAUUUGAAGAAGAAAGAGACUGAAUGAGAGAUGGCAAGAAAAAGAAAGUGUGAUUCAGGUUGAUUACUUUCUUUUAUGGAUGUUUUCAUGUUAGGAAUUUUGCAGUGAUGAAGGUGUGGCCAGACAUUGAGGCUGCCUCUGCAAUGAAUCCAGUGUUCUGGGUACAGGCUCCAUCGAGAGGUUUUCAGAGUUGCCUGUACAGCAGUCCUAUCUGAAUUGAUUUAGUCUUUGAGCAGUUACGGUGUGACUAUUAAAAUGUAUUUAUUUUAAAAUAUUUCAAAGCUGUACGUAGUCUUUUAUGCAUGUUUUACUUACUGUAUAUAUUUGAUUGAAUUGUCACUUUUCGUAUUCAAAUCACAAACUGUUGUCAAACUGUCUAAAGUGUAAAUGCUUUUGGAGACGUACGUCUUCACGGCAAUGCUGUCAAAGGGCACAGUGCAAUACAUUCAGUCUUCCUCCA